AAUAAAUAGGUCCGUUGUGUGUUGAGGUGCCGCCGCUGGUGUGUCCCUCGGGCAGCAGCUCGGCGGAGUGCUCGUCGAGCGAGGAGAGCGCGGCGGCGCCGUACGCCUCCGAGCACAGCGAGCCGCCCGCGCUGCGCCCCGACGAGGGGUACGAGGCUGAUGUGGAAGUGGGCAAGUUGGAACUACACCAGUCGUACAAGGCGCGCAAGAUGUCCACCUCGAUGUCAACCGUCACCUCCGAUUCAGGCGUGCAGUCGUCGCCGGCGGACGCGCUGAGCGUGGAGUGCGGCGAGUACACCAAGCGCGCCGAGCUGGCGCACCCCGAGCUCUGCGUCAUCGUCGUCGACAUACUCACGCAGCUCAUCGACAAACUGCUGGAGUCGAAGUGCAGCGAGGAGUCUGCGGUGAGCAUCGAGCGCGUGGGCGCGCAGCUCGCGCGGGCGUGCUGCGCGCGGCUGGCGGGCGCGGGCGCGGGCGCGGGCGCGGGCGCGGGGCGGGGGGCGCGCGCACCGCCGCUGCUGCAGCGCCUGCUCGCGCCCGGCCGCGACCAUCUGCUCGCGCAACACCAUCCCAGGUUCCACGAGCUGCAGCGUUGCGUGCUGGAGCUGAUCCAGGCGCUGGCGGCGCAGAGCGUGAGCGCGUGGGAGCUGGCGGCGCUGCUGCGGCUGGUGCUGGCGCCGCGGCCGCCGCUGGCGCUGCUGCUGCCCACGCUGCGCCGCCUCGCGCACCACCAGCCAGCGCACACGCCAGACUACAUACUCACCUUCCCCGUCGACACCGACAACAAGGAAGCUAUGCAAGAAAUGUACGAAGAAAUAAACCAACUGGGAUUAAAUAAUAUAUCACAGACGAGCUUGGAUGAAUCUGCCAAAAUAUUCCAAGAUUCACAUUUGAAGGCUGCGGCGGUGCGGGCGCGCGCGUCGAGCGCGGGCUGGGCGCCGUGGGCGGCGGGCUUCUCGCUCGCGCUGUGGCUGCACGCGCCGCACCACACCGAUGACACAGCGGAAACAAAUGACGAAUCAUCAGACAACGAGUCGACGAAGCGGUCGCCGACGCGAGAGCCGCGCGGCCGACACACCGAACUGUCGCAUGUGGUGUCCAUCGGACACGACUCGCUCAUGUUCGAAUUAUGGCUACAAACUAGCACCGGCGUAUUUACCCUGCGGCUGAGUCGGCCGGAGAGCAGCGGCUCGCGCGUCAUGAGCAGCGCGCGCAUGGCGUGGGGCGGCGCCGCGCACGCGCAGUGGAACCAUGUCGCGCUCAACGUGCGCGAGCGCGUGCUCAAGCGACACAUGUUCAUUGAGGUCACAUUAUUCAUUAACGGAUAUGAGACCGAAUCCGUUGCGCUUCCAUUACAAGGCAUCCUGGUGCGGAAGGUGCUGCCGACGAACGUGUUGAUCGGCCACGCGUGCCGCGGCGGCGCCGGCGCCGGCGGCGGCGUGUACCACCUGGCGCACGUGGUGGUGUACCGCGCCGCCAUGCUCACGCCGCACACCGCGCUGCACCUCGCCGCGCACGGGCCCGACCACUCCUGCCAGAUCAAGUGUGAAUCUCCCAACUAUCCCCUUAUAUUGACACCAAAUAUUCUGGAUUCAAAUAUCGACUGGGAUCACGUGUAUGACAUAUCCAUGGCGACGUUGCGUGAGCUGCACGAUAACGUGGUGUUGACGUUCUCCGCGAGCUCGCCCUACAUCAUGAACCUGUACCACCAGACCGUGGCGAUGCCUACAGUGUUCUCGGGGCGCGUGUCGGUGGCGGGCGUGGCGGGCGUGGCGGGCGUGGCGGGCGCGGCGGGCGGCGCGGCAGGCGCGCGCGCCUCCAUCCCCGAGACGCUGUGCGCGCGCUGGGCGGCCGCGGCGCUGCGCUCGCGCCACCAGGGGCUCGCGCCCGCGCUGCUGCACCUCGGCGGCCCGCACGUGCUGCUCUACUUGUACGCACGGGUGGUAGAACUGGACGCCACCCCAGCUGAGCAGGCGAUGGCGCUAGGAAUCCUACUGCGGGCGUGCCGCGUCGACAACCGGCUAUACGCAAUGUUCUACGGCAGCGACUCGCUCGAAAUGCUACUUACUGUAUUCGCCUCGCCUAAGCAUGCUCACGUAACGCAUCAUCUGCUGGAGGUGGUACUAAACGAAGCGUGCAGCAGCCCGGUGCUGUCGGUGAGCGGCGACAGCGUGCACCUGCUGGCGCGGACCGACGCCGUGCUGCUCGAGCCCGCGCUCUUCGUGCUCAUGCUCAAGGCUUGGCGACAUCUCGAUACCACGCAGGUGACUUGGGACAUUGAUUACGGCGGCGGCGGGGGCGGUGACGGUAACGGUAGCGGCAUGUUACCGCAGCGCGGGUCGGUGCUGGCGCUGUGGCUGUGGAGCGCGCGGGCACUGCUGCGCGACUCGCAUCCGCGCCGCGCCUUCAACCACUACCAGAUGAACCGCGCCGCGCUGCUGCACCAUCUGCUGCUCGCAUGCAAGCGCACCCACACCAGAGAGAGAGAGUGA